AUGUCUUCUGCCAAUAUCACUGCUUCCUAUCCCUCUGCCUUCCUUCUGCUGGGUGUUCCUGGUCUGGAAGCUUUCCAUAUCUGGAUUGCUUUUCCUUUCUUCAUUGUUUAUCUGAUAGCACUUGUGGGGAAUUUCACCAUCCUGUGUGUGAUCAAGACAGAGCCGAGUCUUCAUCAGCCUAUGUUCUACUUUCUUGCACUUCUCUCUUUUAUUGAUCUAGGCCUCUCUACUUCUACCAUUCCCAAGAUGCUGGGUAUCUUCUGGCUCAACCUUAGGGAGAUAAGCUUUGAAGGCUGCCUCAUCCAGAUGUUCUUUAUCCACACCUACACUGGUAUGGAAUCUGUUGUACUCUUGGCCAUGGCAAUUGACCGCUUUGUGGCCAUCUGUUACCCACUGAGAUAUACCACCAUCCUCACCAACAGAGUGGUGGCCAUCAUGGCCUCUGUUGUAGUAGGGAGACCAGUGCUUCUUGUCAUCCCCUUCUGCCCUCUUCUCAAAAGAUUGCCCUUCUGUGGACACUAUAUAAUCCCUCAUACCUACUGUGAGCACAUGGGAAUUGCUCGUCUGGCCUGUGCCAGCAUAAGAAUCAAUAUCAUCUAUGGCUUGUUUACCAUUGCUGCCCUGAUCUUUGAUUUGAUUCUCAUUGCACUCUCUUACGUUCAGAUCCUACAAGCUGUCUUCCGCCUUCCUUCCAGGGACGCCCGGCUCAAGGCCCUCAGCACCUGUGGUUCCCAUGUCUGCGUCAUCUUAGCUUUUUACACACCAGCAUUUUUCUCCUUCAUGACUCACCGGUUUGGUAGAAAUAUUCCUCGCUAUAUCCACAUCCUUCUGGCUAAUCUGUAUGUGGUUGUUCCUCCCUGUUUAAAUCCAGUCAUUUAUGGGGUCAGGACAAAACAAAUUCGAGAAGGAGUUAUGAGAGUAUUUGUAAAGAAAAGGUAA